GGAGCACAGCCAGCGUAGGAAGUGUCUUUAUUUACGAAAGUGACACUUGGCUCUAAUUUGUCCUAAACUGGAUUUUUACGUCUCCCAGCGUCUUUAAGGGACCCGCUGCGCCACAAAGAGUCCACGUCCGAACCCGCCCGUGUCUGAUCGGACCUGUUAUCGGCCUGACUUUGCAGACUCUGGCGCUCGGCUGCUACAUGCUAAGUCCAUUCUAGCUAAACAUGCUCAGCGCAGCAGUCACAACCUUGCGCUGUCGGGAUCUGCGGCUGAGCUGAGGCGCUGCGCGGGGGACAUCGGGACCGUUUGGAGGCUCUGUCCGGUGGGAGACGAGCCCCGGGGCUUAUGGCGUGGGCUCCGCGGAUCUGAUGCACUAAACACGGGACAGCCUGAGUGGCGUUCUGUGCCGGGCUGAGCAGUGAAAAUGCUUGAAGGCCUGGUGGCGUGGGUCCUGAACACGUACCUGGGCAAAUAUGUGAGUAACCUGAACACGGACCAGCUCUCCAUCGCUCUGCUCAAAGGAGCGGUGGAGCUGGAGAAUCUCCCUCUGAGAAAAGAUGCACUGAGAGAGUUUGACCUGCCGUUUGAAGUCAAAGCUGGCUUCAUUGGGAAGAUUACACUGCAGAUCCCGUUCUACAAGCCCCACAGUGAACCAUGGGUCAUCUCCAUGUCUCAGCUCAACCUGAUCAUCGGCCCCAGCCCCCUGCAGGAGUACGACGCCGAGGCCGAGGCCCAGGAGGAGGCGGAGCGCAAGAGGAGGCUGCUGCAGGCUCUGGAGGACAAGUUCAGGAGCGAGUGUGAGCAGAGGGGGGAGUCGUACUGGUACUCGGUCACUGCGUCUGUGGUCACCAGGAUCGUGGAGAACAUCGAGCUGAAGAUCCAGGACGUCCACCUGAGGUUUGAGGAUGACUUCUCUGAUCCUGAGAAACCCUUUUCCUUUGGCGUCUGCAUCAACAGUGUUUACGCUCAGAACCCCUCCAAAGAGGCGGGGAAGAAGCAGCUGCGGCAGAAGCAGCUGGAGAUCGAGGACUUCAGCGUGUACUGGGACUCCCAGAGCUCCAUGCUGGGACAACUGCCUGUCAACCAGAUCCAGGAGGCUAUGACGGCGUGCAUGCAGAGCCGGGAGCACCAGUACAUGUUUGAGCCGGUGUGGGCCUCGGUGCUGCUGCGGAGAAACACGUCCAAAGAGCCGCUGCGCUCCAGACACACGCCCAGGAUCGAGGGCCUGAUCCAGCUGGAGCCGCUCUCCCUGCGCCUCUCACAGGUUCAGUACCAACAGAUGAUGCUGUUUCUCAAAGAGCUGGACCGCAGAGAACGAGAGCUGCGCUACAGGAAGUGGAGACCCAAAGUCCCUGUCACCAACAAUUGCAGAGCCUGGUGGAGCUUUGCCAUCCAGGCCAACCUGCAGGAGAUCCAGGAGCAGAGGCAUCGCUGUAACUGGGACUUCGCUCUGCAGAGGGCCAAGGACGCUCAGACCUACACCAGCCUGUACUUCAGGAAGCUGAAGGGCGUGGCGCUGAGUCCGCAGGAGGAGGCCGAGCUGCAGAGGGUGGAGGAGGAGCAGACUGUGGAGGAGCUGCAGAGUCUCAGAGAAGUGGUGCAUGACUGGUUCAGGAAGCAACAGGAAAUAGCAGAGAACGUGAGAGAGCCGAGCACAGACCCUCAGCCCGCAGAGGCCGCCUCGUCUCUGCCCAAAAGCGGCAGCUCGGGGAUGGUCCAGUACCUGCAGUCCUGGUUCCCUGGGUGGGGAGGCUGGUACGGAGAGUCCCAAGAUCCAGACGCUGAACAUCUGCUGCCCAGCCCGUCCUCCUGGGACCUCCUGGCAGAGACCGAGGACUUGUUUGACCCCAUGGAGGACUCCCACACGCUCAACACGUUCACCAGACGGGACAACCUCUUUGCCCGGCUUGAGUUUCAGCUGGAGAAGGGCUCCGUGACCCUGUACCACGAGGAACGAGGAGAGGAGCCAAAGGAGGAGCCGAGGGAGGAGAGGGGGCCAGGGGAGGAGCCAAAAAAGGAGCUGCCUAAACUCGGUUCAGUUCAGGAGAGCGGAGUCAUACAGCUGGAGCUCUCAGGGGUGAAGGUGGUCCUGGAGUCCCUGCCUCGCUCUGAGUCGUCUCUUCUCUCGGUGAAGCUGGGGGGAUUGUUCCUGAGGGAUUUGAGCACCCAAGGAACCAUCUUCCCCGUCCUGGUCUCUCCCAAAACAGACAAAGUGCUCGUGGCCAUGAACCAGUCCCCUGCGCCCGGGCAGACGAGCAGCUCCACAGGGGGCGCUGUGCAGAGCUCCUCGUCUCCCGUCUUUGAGAUGAUUUAUGAGCGUAACCCUGUGAGGAGCACGUUUGAGAGGAGACUGGAGGUGCACACGAGUCCUCUCAACAUCAUCUACAACCCCCAGGCCAUCAAGAAGGUCACAGAAUUCUUCUACAAGGGCCGCGUCCAUACUUCAGGGUUUGGAUAUCAGUCGGAGCUGGAGCUGCGAGUGGCUGAAGCCGCUCGGAGACAGUACAACAAACUGAAGAUGCAAACCAAGGCCGAGAUCAGACAGACCAUCGACCAGCUCCUCGUGGGAGAGUUCAUCGAGAACAGUAAGCGCUGGACCAUGAAGCUGGACAUCAGUGCACCGCAGGUCAUCUUCCCUGAUAAUUUCCAGUCGGAGGAUCCCAUGCUUGUAGUGGUGGAUUUGGGAAGGAUUUUGCUCACAAACUCUUUAGACGAUAAUAAGACUCACUCCAAAGCCGAUCAUGAACUGGACGACAUGAGUGACGAUGACUUCCAGACCCCACUGGCUACUCCGCCUGAGUCUCCUCCUCCAGAACUUAACGUGCCUUCCAAAGAACCACUAAAAAGCCCAGACAUACCCAGCCUUCGCUCUCCCGAAACCGCGCUCGCCUGUAGGAAGAAGCUAUACGAAAAGUACUCAUUGUCGUUUAAGGACUUGCAAAUCAUGGUCGGCCAUUGUAAAGACAACUGGAAGCACCUUCAGGAGAGCGAGGUCGGCCCCACUCACGUCGUGGAGAAGUUCAACGUUCUUCUACAGUUGGAGCAGAGGCUUCGGUACACCUCUGAUCCACAGCUUCCCGGAGCCGUCCUGUCAGGAACCCUCCCCGAUCUCAAAGUGCACAUCAACUUCGAGAAGAUGUCCGCGCUGAGGAACUGUCUGGCCCGACUUGGAGGUUCGGCCGAUAAAGACAGAAGCGGGCAGGAGAAAAGCGCCAACGUGAGACCCACGGACCCCUUCAGGCAUCAGAACAUCUUCAAGAGGGACAACAGCUCCUGGAAGCUCCACGGAUCGGCCAAGAACCUGACCCAGAGCGUGAUGACUCUGGAGCAGCACACGCGGGAGGUCCUGGUGGAGUCCCGUCUGCUGCUAGCCGAGUUCAACAUCAACUACAUGCAGCUGGGCGUGGAGAGUGACGGACGCUACAUCUCCGUGCUCAAAGUCUUCGGCACCAACGCCCAUUUCGUCAAGAGACCUUACGACACUGAGGUUUCCCUGACUGUCCACGGUCUUCUGCUCGUGGACACCUUGCAGACGUACGGCUCAGACUUUGACCUGCUGGUGGCCUCUCACAAACAUCUCAGUUUUGACAUCCCGACAGGCAGCUUGAGAGAGAGCCAGCCCUCGUCUCCUGUGUCCUCUAAUGAGAAGCCCCAAGAAGAUCACAACCUGAACAAGGACUUAUCUACUGGUGCGGCUCUGGACAGCUCGUUCCUGAAAGACCAGAACGCGUUGAUAAAGCUGGAGUACCAGUUUGUCAGCUCCGACUGCCCCUCCAUGAACCUCGACAGCUCCCUUCAGGUCACCACCAUGCAGGUCAACAACUUGGACAUCAUCCUCAAUCCUGAAACCAUGGUGGAGCUGCUGAAGUUCUUGCAAAAGUCUUUCCCAAAAGAGGAGAGCGAUUUCACCUCAACAACGCACCAACCUUCUGUCUCCGACGAAGAGGACGGCACGUACCAGGUGACGUACGAUCAAAACACGGAGCUGACUGUGGAGAUCCAGCGGCUGAACGUGCUCCUCUUGCGUACGGUGUCCACUGGCUCUGUGCUCGGGGCGGAGAAGAAGUGUCUGAAGAUCGCCACGGCCAGCAUCACCGGGACCAAAGUCAACGUAUCUCUGGGCAACCGCAUGGAGGUCCACGGCUCCCUGGGCUCCCUGCAGCUGGUGGACCUGACUCACGACGCCGUCCGGAGCCAGUUUGUGGUCAGCAUCGGCAACGUAGAGGACCUCUCAAAUACAGAAGGUGUAACGUUACUUCCUGAAACCGCAAGCGUUCCGUGCGAAGCUUUGAAUUUCCACUUCUCGGAAAAAUCCCAAGGAGAGUGUUUCUUGCAGCUCGAAAUGGCUUCUUUGCAUUAUAACCACUCACCCAAGUUCUUGAAGGAGUUGACGCUUUCAGCCAAUGAGGUUGAAGAUAAUUUCCGCUCCAUGUUGAAAAGCGCGGCGUCUAAAGUGUCCACGGUCCUGGUCACGAAGACGGCGGAGUACAGUGGAAUGGUGUCCCUGUUUGAGACCCCGUCCCGCAGAGCUCGCACCCAGAGCCAGUGCUGGAUGUACCCUUGCGAUGAGGGCGAGGAGGACCUUCUGGAGGAGUCCCAGAGCAGUAUAGACACGUUUUUAGUGAAGCUGACUUUAAACAUCGAGAUUGAGUCACCGGUGGUUUCUCUACCGCGUAAACCGGGGCACAUGGAGCUGCUGGUUGGUCACUUAGGGAGAAUCUCCAUCCAGAAUUUUGUGACCGGGCAGGGUUGCGAAGAGGAGCAGCUGCAGGUGUUGGUGAGGGACAUUCGGCUCUACUCGCUCAACCUCAGUCAUCUGGAUUUGAAAAAGGCUCACGCAGCGGACAAGGACACAUCUGGUUUCUCUGAGGGCUUCAACCAUAACACGGUCCAGUUCACACGUCAUGACUUCUUUGAAUCACUCAGCUGUGGAAAAGCUUACCAUAUUCUUAAAGACACUACAAUCCAGUUCACCAUGGAGAAGAUCCCAGCAGAGGACAACAAUCACUUUGCGUUCCUGAGCACAGAGGAGCCCUGCAGGAGCUCAGGGUUACUUAAAGUCCAGGGCAAAUUUAUCACCCCUGUUCAGGUGUUCCUGUGUAAACCCGUGUACGAACAGGUCAUACAGACACUGGACAGCCUCUCUCUGAUGGAGGAGCAGCGGGUCACUCCGAGCCAGCCUCCUACUCCUCCUCCACCCACCCCUCCAGCACCCGCCCGCACCGUCCCCAACCCGCCUGGGGGUCUGUUCGCUCGGGACCCUCCCCACAUCAGCUUCUCCUCCCCUCUGGCUCUACAGGCCCAUGAGCCCAACCCGGACACUCUUUCCUUCACACAGCUCAAAGUCACACUACAUGUGCCAAAGCUACAAGUGCAGCUCAAUGCAGACCUGACCCAGGGCUCCCAGGGGCUGGUGAGUUUGAGCUUCCUCGACCUAGAAGGCGACAUCACCAAAGACCAUCCUCAGCUCCUGGCUGUACAGCUGGCCCUGCGCUCACUGCUGAUGGAGGACCUCUUGGAACACAACCCGGACUCUAAAUACAAACAUCUAAUGGUGUCCAGAGGAGCUCCAAAACCUUCUACCUUCAGCACCAGGGAGUAUCUGUCUCAAAGCUGCCCUUCCGUGUCCAACGUCCAGUACCCGGACAUGCCCCGCUCCCUGCCCGCCCACAUCGAGGCCGCGCAGAACGUCUUCCAGCUGUACCAGAGACACCCCAGCACCCCCUCUGCCACCCGGACCAAAGCUAAAGAACCAGACUGUCCGAGCACCCCGCCCCCCUCGCCCACCCACAGAACGCCCUCACAGCACGGCACAGACUUUGACGACUCCUUGGUGCACAUUAACAUUCUGCUGGUGGAUCAGGCUCACCCGGAGUUCAGGUCACGGUACGGGGGCGUGGGGCGCAGCGUGGACGUGGACUUCAACUGCCUGGACGUCCUGAUCACUCUGCAGACCUGGGUGGUCAUUCUGGACUUCUUUGGGAUCGGGUCCACGGCCAAUAAUCACGCGGUGAAGGUGACCGCCAUGUCCCCCCAGCCUGUGUGCGAGCCUUACGCCGAAGACAAAGAGGGGCAAGCUGUGAACACUAAAGUAGAUCUAAAGGUGCAUUCUUUGUCUCUUAUUCUGAAUAAGAAGGCAAAUGAACUCGCUCGAGCCAGUGUUUCCAAGUUAUCAGCUCAUCUGGACAUGUUGGAUGGUGAUUUAGCUUUGCAAGGCAGUCUGGGAAGUCUGUCCCUGAGCGACCUAACGCCGCACGGAGAUCUGUAUCGAGAGCGCUUCACUACAAGAGGAGCUGAGGCUUUAGUUUUUAAUAUCCAUAAGUACGGGCAGCCCGACCCCUGGCUGGAGCGAGACUGUGACGUGCGCGUGUGCCUGCAGAUGGCGUCAGUGCAGUAUGUCCACACACAGCGCUUCCAGGCCGAGGUGGUGGCCUUCAUCCAGCACUUCCUCCAGCUGCAGGAUGUCCUGGGCCGACAGAGGGCCGCUAUGGAGGGUCAGGCUGUUCGGGACCAGCCUCAGCGAGCCUCAAGAGUUCUCCUGGACAUAGAGGCCGGGGCUCCUGUCAUCGUGAUCCCAGAGAGCUCGCGCUCUCCCAGGGUCAUAGUGCUGAACCUGGGCCAGCUCAAAGUGCAGAACCGCUUCCUGCCAGCAGGGGCACAUGGCACCUUCUCUCUGCGGGACAAGGAGCGUGUUCAAAAGGCUGCAGACAGAAGUGAAGAGGAGAGAGCUCAGAGUGUCAUCAGCGCCCCCUCUGGGUUCUGCCUGGGACGACCACACGCUGCCGCCUCUGGAUCGGUGUCAGAGGAUCUGCCAGAGGAGCACGUGUGCCUGCUGGACUGUAUAGCUCUGGACCUGGAGGAGAUGGACAUCUUCGCAGCCGCUCGCGUUCCCUCGGACAGCUGUGGUAAAGCAGCGGAGGGCACAGACCUGGUGUUCCCCUCGUACCUGAUCCAACGCACCGGCGCCAACAUGCUCAAAGACUGCUGCCGCCUCAAGCUCAAAGUGGAACGCAAUCUGGACAAGGAGCUGAGCCAUGCUGUUCCAGACCUGACCAUCCACGGCAGCCUGUCGUCAGUGCACUGCUCUCUGGACCAGGACAACUACAGGCUGAUCCGGGGCCUUCUGGAGAACAACCUGGGAGAACCUGUGGAGGAGUUCUUAAGACCGUACAACCUGCAGGACCCCAGUAUCUACACGGUGCUCAGUGGAGAUGUCUACACCACCUUCUCCUUCCUGGUGGACAUGAUGGACGUGAGCCUGGAGAUCCUGGACUGUCCGAAGGCGAGUGAGGACCAGGGUUCUUUAGCCAGGUUUGACUUCAUGAAAUCCAAGCUGCUCUUUGAGAGUUUCUCCAACGGCUCUAAGUCGGUAAACCUGGUGUCCCACUCGCUGCUGGCGUUUGACACGCGCAGCCCCGACCCGCACGCUCACCCCAGAGCCGGACACAAGCACAACGUGUUCGACUGCAUCCUCCAGCCCUCCAAGACCGGCUCCAACCGCGCCUCCCUGCAGCUGGAACUGCACUACAGAUCCACUAAAGAUUCAUCGUCCUUCACCGUGGUCCUCAACAACCUGCGUGUGUUUCUGAUCUUCGACUGGCUGCUGCUGGUGAGAGACUUCCUGAAGAUGCCCGCAGAGAAACCCCCGAGUGGAGCUCCGUCCAGGCAGCGCUGGCCCAGCAACACCAGCACAGACUCCGCCUCCUCCGUCACCUCCAUCACUAUGCCCAAGACGGUCAAGAGCGGAGUCGUCACCAAGAGGUCCACAGUGCCCGUGAGCCAAGACCGCUGCCUCGAGGUCAAGAUCAACGUCACAGGCACAGAGUUUGUGGUGGUGGAGGACUCCUCGUGUCUGGACACUAAUGCCAUUAUUCUGAAGGGAACCACAGUCCUCACCUACAAACCGCGACUGCUGGACAGGCCCUUCUCCGGGAGCCUCGCUGGGAUUGAGGUGUUCUCCUGUCGCCUGGGCAGUGAGCAGGAGACGGCCCUGUCCAUCAUCGACCCUGUCAAUGUCCAAGUGGAGCUGUGUGGAAGCCCCACAUACCAGAGCAGCUCAGGUCUGCUGGACGCCUUCAACGUGGAGGACAUCCCCCCUCUGCUGGAGAUCCAGUUCCCUGCUCUGGCCAUCCGCCUUUCCUACAACGACAUCCAGCUCUUUUUGGACAUCGCCAAGUCCCUCCCUUCAUGGGGCACUCAGGAGACAGACACACAGAACCCCCCAGGCCCGGAGCCCACGCCCCCCAAAGACAGCUUCACAAGGAAAACAGAAUCUCUAAUCGCAUCUCAACUCUCCCAUUUACAAGACCUCGGCUUUAGGAAAGAAGACUGUAAAAAAGCUCUGAUGCUCUGUAAAGGGCAGCUGGACCAGGCGGCCACCUGGCUCCUGGAGAACGCAGAGAACAUGGGCAGGGCCAGGGCAGACUCGAGCUCGGGUCACGGCGCUCCUCUGUCCGGUCUGGAGCUCAAGGCUGACAGUGUGUGCAUCUGCUUGAUCGACGACUGCCUGGACUGUGACAUCCCCCUGGCCGAGCUCACCUUCUCCAGGCUGUACGUCCUGCAGAGGAUCGGCUCCACUCAGGAGGGCACCGCCAGCUUUGCCCUGUCUGGAGACUUCUACAACAGAGAGCUGUCAGGCUGGGAGCCCUUCAUUGAGCCCUGGCCGUGCUUCUUGUCCUGGCAGCAGCAGGCGGCCGGUCGCCUCCAUCCUCCACGACUCAAGAUGGCCGUCAGGGCCAAGCAGAGGCUGGACAUCAACAUCACCUCAGUGCUCAUGGAACAAUACAACACGACCAAGAGCUCGUGGAUGGCGGACUACUGUAAAGAGGAGGAGCAGAGCCCCCAGAGCCCGGUGCCUCUGCCCUGGGUGGGCUCCUCUGUGGACCCUCCCUGCUUCGACAAAAAUGUGAAGUUGUCCAAGAGGAGACAGCCCUUUGUCCCGUAUGCUCUGAGGAACCACACAGGCUGCACUUUGUGGUUUGCCACUCUCACUACAAGCCCCACAAGAGUGGCCCUGUCCCACAGCAGCAGUGCAGACUCCAUCUCAGAGGUGCACGGUCCAGGAGCUGAUGACCCCCACAGUGUGAGCCAGUGGAGGGAGGUGCUGCCUGGAGCUGAGCUGCCCUUUGAGUUUGAGGCCAGAGAGAAACUGCGCCACAGACACACCCAUGAGCUGAAGCUGCACCAGCUGCUGGUGCGUGUGUGUGGGUGGGAGCAGAUCAAACCUGUGUCUGUGGACAAAGUGGGCGUGUUCUUCAGAUACGCCGCUCCGGACAGAAACAGCUCCUCCAACAUGGUGGGCAGUCCAGUGAGCAGAACAAACAUCAUCCAUCCACAUGUCUAUUUCUCCGCUCUGCCCCCGGUGCGGGUGGUCUUUGCCAUCACCAUGGAGGGCAGUGCCAGGAAGGUGAUCACAGUGCGCUCGGCCCUGAUGGUGAAGAACAGACUGGACGUGCCGAUGGAAGUUCGCCUGGACAGCCCCUCAGCCCCAGACAAGCCCGUGGUCCUGCCCCCCAUCCUGCCCACCGAGGCCCUGGCAGUGCCCCUUCACCUGACGUCGUGGAGGCUGCAGGCUCGGCCCAAGGGCAUGGGGCUGUUCUUCUGUAAAGUGCCCAUCCACUGGACCAGCGUGGAACGGCAGGGGGAGCUGAGCAGCAGCAGGAGGGAGUGCCAGACUGCCGACUUCGAGGACUCAGAGAAACGCAACUUCAGGUUCUGCGUGGUCAUCAGAAAAGAGAACUACCCAGACCAGCAGCCGGCCAAGAGGGUGAGCGGGGGACCUCAGCAGAUCUAUCGACAGCCUGGGCACACCGUCUACCUUCUGCCCACGAUGGUCCUGGUCAACCUUCUGCCCUGUGACCUCAACUUCUACAUCAAGAGCAGCUCCAUCAAGGGCUGCCUGAAGCCGGGGAAGGAGGCCGUGCUCCACUCCGCCGACACCUCUCAGAACAUGGAGCUGGGUGUUCUGCUGGAAAACUUCUCUGUGUGUAAGGAACUUCUCAUCCCGCCCGGGACUCAGAACUACGUGGUGCGCAUGAGACUCUACGACAGCAACAAACGCCUGCUCUGCCUCACCAUUCGUAUCAUCCUGAGGGCACAGGGGGCGCUCAAGAUCCUCAUCUCUGCUCCCUACUGGCUCAUCAACAAAACCGGUUUGCCGUUGAUAUUUCGUCAGGACAAUGGGAAAAUGGACGCGGCGGGUCAGUUUGAGGAGCACGAGCUGGCCCGGAGCCUCAGCCCUCUGCUCUUCUGCUACACGGACAAGGAACAGCCAGCCAUGUGUACCAUGCGCAUUGGCAAAGGCAUCCACCCCGACGGCGUGCCAGGCUGGUGCCAGGGCUUCUCUCUGGAUGGAGGCAGCGGCGUGCGGGCCGUCAAAGUCAUUCAACACGGCAACAGACCCGGACUCAUCUAUAACAUCGGUAUCAGUGUGAGGAAGGGGAAGGGGCGUUACAGAGACACUCACAUCGUGACUUUCGCCCCUCGUUACCUCCUGGACAACCGCUCCUCUCACAAACUGGCUUUUGCACAGAGAGAGUUUGCACGAGGGAAGGGGACGGUGAACCCGGACGGUUACAUCUCCACUCUUCCCGGCUCCAGUGUGGUUUUCCACUGGCCUCGCAACGACUACGACCAGCUCCUGUGCGUGCGCCUCAUGGACACGCCCAACUGCACCUGGUCCGGAGGCUUCGAGAUCAACAAGAACAAGUCCUUCCACAUAAACAUGAGAGACACUUUGGGGAGCUGCUUCUUUCUGCGCACAGAGAUCAGUCUAAAGGGAGCCACGUACCAGAUCUCCUUCAGCGACACGGACCAGCUGCCCCCGCCCUUCCGCAUCCACAACAUCUCUGAGGUGCCCAUCCAGGUGUGGCAGCACGGGGUGGCGGACAUGAAGCUGCGCACGGAGGUGAAGGCCGGAGCGGAGCUGGACUACGCCUGCGACGAGCCCACGCUGCCGCAGUACCUCAGCCUCACCGUGAAGGGGGCGGGCUCGUCCGAGGUCACGGCCGACAUGAACUUCUUCAGAGAAUACAACAAGCUCUACUACGAGAACUUCAUCUACAUCGCCGCCACUCACACCUUCUCACAGACUGUGGACGGGAGGAAGAAGCGCCUCGUGAGCUGUGCUGAGCUCGUGCUGGAUGUGGACACAAAGACACAGAGAGUCAUUCUGAAACAGAAGGAGCCAGGGAAGCGCUCGCAGCUGUGGAGGAUGACGGGGACAGGGAUGUUAUGUCACGAAGGCUCCUCCCCUCCACAGAGCAAACCCGCCCAGCCCCGGCCCCUGGACUCUUCUCUGGUGCUGGACAUCGCUGGGUUGGCCGCGGUUACAGACAACAGUUAUGAGCCUCUGAUGCUGAGGAGGCCAGACUCCCGCCGCAGCACCACCCAGACCUGGCACUUCAGCUCCGGCAUGCUCACCUGUGGCCUGCCCCGCCUGGUGGUUCAGGUCAAAGGUGGCGUCGCGGGUCUGUAUGACGGGGCUGAGGUGGUUCUGGGCCCAGACUCGGGUCUUCAGGCUCCCAGCCCAGAGCAGCAGUUCAUCAACCAGAAGAUGAGACCUGGUUCUGGGGUGCUGUCUGUGCAGGUGCUCCCUGACGGACCCACCCGUGUCCUGCAGAUCAGUGAUAACUUCCGCCGCAGCAUGUCGGGCUCCCCCACCACAGAGCUGGAGCCGGACAAGGAGGAGAAGCCCAAGGAGGUGGAGCAGGAGCUGGAGGUGCUGGUGAACUUGGACGAUGGGGUGGGGGUGUCCCUGGUCAACAGAGCCCCAGAGGAGCUCGUCUUCACCACACUGUCGGGGAUCAGCGUCCACUUCACCAGGACGGCCGCCAACGAGGUGUUAGAGCUCAGCAUCCAGAGCAUCCAGGUGGACAACCAGCUGCUGGGCACCACUCACCCGGUCAUGCUGUGUGUGAGCCCGAGCUCUGGGGAGGGCAGUGCGGCCGACUCAGGGGACGCCCUCCAGGUGAACUCUGUCAAAGUGCCCAGUACUCGGCAGCUCACACAGCUCUUCAAGCAUCUCAUGGUGACCACACGGCGCUUCACUGUGAUCGUGGAGGAGAAGCUGCUGCUCAAACUGCUGCACUUCUUUGGCUUCGGGGAGACGGAGGCCGAGCUGGAGAAGCUGGACGAGAACAUCCACGAGAAGCCCAAUGAGAACGCCGGAGCACCCACGCGAUACUUUGAGAACCUGAAGAUCAGCCUCCCACAGAUCAAACUCAGCGUGCUCACCUCUCACAAGCUGCCUCCAGAUCUUAAGGCUCUCAAAGGCACUCUGGGCUUCCCUCUGAUCCGCUUUGAAGAUGCCGUCAUCAACAUGUACCCCUUCACCCGAGUGCACCCCUACGAGACCCAGGAGACCCUCAUCAACGACAUCCUCAAGCACUUCAGAGAGGAGCUGAUGAGUCAGGCUGCACAGAUCCUGGGCUCCGUGGAUUUCCUGGGGAACCCCAUGGGCCUCCUCAACGACGUCACCGAGGGCGUGUCCGAGCUCAUCAAGUACGGCAAUGUGGGAGGCCUCAUCCGGAACGUCACCCACGGGGUCUCCAACUCUGCUGCUAAAUUUGCAGGGACCCUCUCGGACGGCCUGGGGAAGACCAUGGACAACAGGCACCAGAGUGAGAGGGAGUACAUCCGGUACCACGGGGCCACCAGCGGAGAGCACCUGGUGGCAGGCAUCCACGGACUGGCCCACGGGAUCAUUGGAGGCAUGACCAGCAUCAUCACGUCCACAGUGGAGGGGGUGAAGACGGAGGGAGGGGUCAGUGGGUUCUUCUCUGGCCUCGGGAAGGGCCUGGUUGGCACGGUGACCAAACCUGUGGCUGGAGCUCUGGACUUUGCCUCAGAGACGGCGCAGACAGUACGGGACAUGGCCAGCCUCAGUAACCACAGGCUGAACGUGCAGCGCGUCAGGAAGCCUCGUUGCUGUAAGGGCACCCAGGGUCUCCUGCCCCGAUACUCCUCCACACAGGCCGAGGGCCAGGAGCAGCUCUUCCAGCUCACAGACAACAUCCACUCAGAAUUCUUCAUUGCUGUGGAGCCCAUCGACACGUACAGCGUGCUCAUCUCCUCUAAAGUGGUGUACUUCCUGAAGCCGGGGGAGUACGUGGACAGAGAGGCCAUCUUCCUGGAGGUGAAGUAUGACGAUCUGUACCACUGCCUGGUCUCCAAGGACCACGGGAAGGUCUAUGUGCAGCUCACCAAGAAGGCAGAGAGCACCAGCAGUGGAGUGGCUAUUCCCGGACCCUCUCAUCAGAAACCUAUGGUUCACGUCAAGAGUGAAACUCUGGCCAUAAAAAUCUCUCAAGAAAUCAAUUAUGCCAAGAGCCUGUACUACGAGCAGCAGCUGAUGCUUCCUGCCUCAGAGAACGAGGACUGUCUGCUGCUGGACUCCUGAUCCUGAGCCAAUGAGGCUGUUGGUUCCUCUUCUGUGGUCUCACGUUUGACUACAUCAAGUGCAAAUAAGAAAAUAAGACUGUGCCCACAGGGUGGACUGGGGCAGGUGAAGCUUAGGACACAUAUGCAAAUGUGUAUUUAGUGUAUUUCUACUGAAUGAAGAUGCCUGCGAUGACAGUGCAAAUAUUUGUUAUAAAUAAUUUUAUGAAGAGAUGUUAAUGUAAAUAUGUCUAGUUUCUAAAUACCUACAGCAGUGUACAUACUGUAUCAUGAACUCAUAAGUCCUAUUUUGUGUAUUAUAGAUUAUCGUGUGGGCAGAACCCAGAGUGCACUGAUCCGUGCUCAUGUAGAGAACACAUGACACUGUUUAAUAAAUAAUAAAAGCACAGUCACCUCA